GAAUGUCAAAUGGGCCGAAACCGCGGCCCAGUGAGCGGAAUACCGUUUGGAGACCUUAUCUCCGAAUCUGCGUUGGCGUAGUCUUUAUAGGAGCUAUGAUCUACUCAAUGGUAACCGGCGAUAAUGAAUCCAAACUUGACGCCCCCUCAAUAGCGGAACUAGAUGAAGCGACCAAACGUGAAGCCUCCAUCACCGAAACCUCGCCAAUGCGUCUGCGGAUGGAGAAGCUCAUAAAGGAGCACCAGCAGAAGAUCGUGGAUGAACUAUCCAGGAUUGAUGGGAAAUCAUUCAAAUCUGAUACAUGGAGCCGCCCCAGCGGCGGCGGUGGCAUCUCCUGCGUUCUGCAGGAUGGUAACGUCUUCGAAAAAGCUGGCGUCAACGUCUCGGUUGUCUACGGCAAACUGCCGCGCCCAGCCAUCGAGAAGAUGCGCGCAGAUCACAAGUCCUUCGUCGCCGCUGACGUCGACUCUCUGGACUUCUUCGCCGCAGGUCUCUCCCUCGUUCUGCACCCAAAAAACCCCAUGGCCCCAACCGUCCACCUCAACUACCGCUACUUCGAGACUGCAGACCCAAAGAACCCGCUCAGCGGCGACAAGAACUGGUGGUUUGGGGGCGGGACAGAUUUAACGCCCUCAUACCUAUUCCCAGAGGACUGCGAACACUUCCACAAAACAAUCAAGAACGUCUGCGAUAAACAUGACGGCACUUAUUACCCGCGCUUCAAAAAAUGGUGCGACGAGUACUUCUACAUUCCCCACCGUGGUGAGGCGCGCGGUGUCGGCGGUAUCUUCUUCGAUGACCUCGAUGCAGAAUUCUUCAACCGCUCUUCCCAUUCCACACUCCACCCCCACUCCCACGCCUCCUCACAAAACGCCCAGGAGGCCCUCUUCUCCUUCGUCACGGAUGCCCUUGCCUCCUUCCUGCCCUCGUACAUCCCCAUUAUCGAAAGGCGCAAGGAUAUGCCUUUCACCCCUGCGGAGAAGGAGUGGCAACAACUCCGUCGCGGCCGGUAUGUGGAAUUUAACCUCGUAUAUGACCGCGGCACGAGCUUUGGGUUGCGCACGCCUGGUGCACGUGUGGAGAGUAUACUGAUGAGUCUACCGCGGACGGCUGAGUGGAAGUAUAUGGAUCCCGUCUCGGGAACAAGAAUUGAUGAUGGUAGUUCUCGGAGUCCUGGCGGGGGGGAUGAAAGCGAAGCAAUCGACAGUGACGAUAAGGCAAGGGAAAGAGAGUUGAUGAACGUCUUGAAGAAUCCGAGGCAGUGGGUUUAAAUGGGGAUAUGAUUAUCUUGUCCAUUCUCUCUACCUUCGAUAUGCGUAUAUUGGAAUUGCCAAUGUCUUCCAGAGAGGUGGGUUUUCCCGGCUCUUUUUCUCCCCUCUUUUUUAUUCUCUUCCCCCUCAACGACAAAGAACUUCUGCUGCAGCCGCCAGGUCAAUAAAAAGUAAGCAAAAGUAGGAAGCAGAAUGUAUAAUUCUUUAAACAAC